ACAUUAAAGGCUGAAAGUAAUAGUGAGAUGGUUGGAUUUGGUGAAAUAUAAUGUGGAUGCCUCAGUUACAUAUGAGGGGCGUCAAGUGACCUGUGAUGGAGUCCUAAGAGAUUAUUGCUCCGGUCUAAGUUUUUUCCUCUAUCUUCCUGUAAGCAAGAAAUAAAAAUAAUGAAGUAGUUCAACCUUUUGAGUCUUUUAUCUAACCUCGUUUGUUGCAACAUGAGAAGCAUUUCAUGUGUAGCAUGCUUCACUUUCAUUAUUCUUUUAGUGCUAGUAACCCUUCAUGCUGAAGGCCGUGCCCUUCGAAUUAGUUCUUCUGAGUUUGUUUCUGAUGGAAAUGGUGAAGGCCAUACCGAAAACUCUUACUUGUUUCUCAAGGGGAGUGAGUCUUCUGGGAAGUACUGUGAGCAUAUGUAUGGCUUCUUGCCAUGUUCCAGUAACAUUUUGGGUCAUCUCUUUCAGAUUUUGGUUUAUGAGUACUUGUUAUUCCAUGGUGAAUCAUACUUGGCUGCUGGAGGAGAACAGAUUUUCAAUAUUCUUGGCCCUGGGGUUUUUGGUGCUAAUGUAUUUGAUAUUCUUGGUGCCCUUCCUGAGUCCCUAGUUCUUCUUGUUACUGGACUUUCUAGUGAUGGAGAGAAUGCACAAGAAUGUGUUUCCACUGGAGUUGGCUUGUUGGCUGGAUCAUCCAUUUUGCAUCUGACAGUAGUGUGGGGAACCUGUGUUUUCGUUGGCAAUCAAAAGCUUUCUGAUCCAUUCACUGGCUGUGGCAUUACAAUAGAUGUAGAGACUAUGAAGAUGGCAAUGAUUAUGGUUUUAUCAGUUGUGCCACUCGUCAUAAUGCAGUUCUCUUACACAUCACGCACUGUCACCUUGAAGAUUGCUUUUAUCGUUGCUGUCAUUUUCCUAAUCUCAUACUUCAUCUACCAGGUUUUUAAACCCCAAAUAGAGACCGCGAGACUAGAAUAUAUAAAACAUGGUCAUUUGAUAUUAGGAAUUUUUCAGCAUGUUGAAAAGAAAACUCUGCAAUACAUCCUCACAGAGGAUGGCAGUCCCAAUGAAUUAGCCAUAAAUGGGCUAUAUGAUGAAAUCAAUCCAAGUGGAGACAAGGAUUUAUCAUGUUCUAAAAUAAGAGAGCUUCUGUAUCAUUACAAAGAAACUGAAACAAAUGCCACAGACAAACAAAUAGAACAAAUGUUACAAAAUAUUGACCAAAAUGGUGACAAAACUAUAACCAGGGAAGAAUUUGUCCAAUUCAUCAGAACAUAUAUUGAGCAAACGAAUCAUGCUUUGGAAAACAAUUACCUCCAAACAAAAUCGCUGGAACCCCUGUAUCGGGAUAUUGUGAAGCCAUGGAUGGACUACACAAGGGAAGAACGUGAAUUGAAGAGACAUGUUAUACUUGAAGUCUCAAAGCAUGUUUGGGUUGGCAAGCUUUGCAAAGAGGAUGGCACACCUGAUGAAUCUGCUAUCAGAGGUUUAUUUGAGAAAAUUGAUAGCAAUGGGGACAAGAAGGUCUCAAGAUCCGAGUUAGAACAUGUAUUAAAGGACACUCAGUUUGCUAAUGAGGAAGCAGUUACAAAAAUGCUUCAAGAACUUGACCGUAAUAAAGACAAUGAAAUAAGCAAAGAAGAAUUUCUGGAUGGAGUUAAAAAAUUGCUCAACACAAAUCCCAGUCAAGCACUUCGCUCAAAAUCUCUGCCUCAUAGAAAUGAUCAUACUUGGGAACACGUUGAAAAGUUGGUGAAAGGUAAUCAAAGCAAAGGGGUACGUGCAUGGUUGAAUGCUAUAGGAUAUGUGGUGCUAGGAAUUACUAUGUUGUCUCUUCUAGCUGAGCCCUUAAUAGCAAGUGUCCAGAAACUCUCUGAAGAAGCAGGGAUUCCCUCAUUUUUCAUCUCAUUUAUUUUAGUCCCCUUGGCUACAAAUUUUAGAGAAGCAACCUCAGCAAUAAGCGAAGCUAGCCACAAGAAGAGACGCAAUACUUCUCAAACAAUUUAUGAGAUUUAUGGAGCAGUGUUCAUGAACAAUAUUCUUGGCUUUGUGGUGAUCUCUAUUCUUAUAUAUGUGCGAGAUAUCACUUGGCAAUUCUCAGCUGAUGUAUUGGUUGUGGCAAUUGUUUGUUCUAUUAUGGGGCUUACUGCAUCGUUUAGAUCCACUUUUCCUUCAUGGACAUUUUAUCCCGCAUAUCUUUUGUACCUCGUCUCAUUAGUUUUGGUUCUUGUACUCAAAGAUGUUUUUAAUUAUGUCUAGAGAUUCUAUUUGUGUUUGAACAUCUCAUUUAAUCAUAUAUCUCACUUAAACUA